UCUUCACCCCAAAGUUUGACUCCUUCAACAAUAAUUUACCUAAAAUAGUACUAAAAUGGGCUGCUGCGUCAGUAACGAAGAGAAUGAGCCAGUGGGGUUAGCUACCAUUCAAGAUUUACAACUUGGCAGUAAGAAGAAGGACAGGCAGGAUUACCAGUUUGGAGGUGAUAGAACUGAAGUUGGGUCUAAGGGGGGGUUUGGAAGAGAUUGAGGGGAGAAUGAUGGUGGACAUCAUUGUACUCCGGUUAGUGGUGAGACUCAUUGUGGGAAUGUUCAUAGUAGUGGGCAUGGAGUGAGUUCACAUGGGGGUCAUUGUGAUGUUGUUUCUCAUGGAGGAGGCUUUGGAGGGGGCUGCAGAGGUGGUGGCUGUGGAGGAUGAUAAAUUCAACAAAUACUCCGAUGCAGCAUAAA